AUGAUUUAUACAUUCGUCAAUGGAUGCCCAACUGAAGAAAGAAAGUACUUGCUAGAUUUCAAAGGAAGCCUCGUCGAUCCCACUGGUCGCCUGUCAUCGUGGAAGGGCUACAAUUGUUGCCAGUGGACGGGCAUUCGUUGCGACUUCCAUUCAGGCCAUGUCAUCAGCCUUCAUCUCAAAACCCCCUUUGCUAGUAAUUACUGGGACAAUCCCAAAAUUCUUAGUGGGGCGAUACAUCCAUCGCUGUUUAAUCUGCAGAACCUUGAGCAUCUGGAUCUCGGAUACAAUGAUUUCAGUGGUACUUCCAUAUCUCCUCAAUUGGCAAAACUCCAGAGCCUUUCCUUCCUUAGCUUGGCAAAUGCUGGAUUUGGAGGUGAGGUCCCUGUGGAGUUGGGCAAUAUUACAACCUUGCGCCACCUGGAGAUCUCUGUCGGUUCUUCUUUGUCCUUGAACGAUACUGCUCUCCAGAGUAGGAAGUUUGCAGGAUGGAUACGAAACCUGCAAAGCUUGGAGUACCUUGCAAUGGAUAGUGUGAAUCUGUGGAUGGCAAGUGAACACUUGUGUAAUGCCCUCAGGAGCCUCCCUAAUCUUCGGGAGAUUCACCUCGCUGAUUGUGGACUUUCAGGUACAAUACCUUCUCUCCUAAACUUCACUCACCUAUCCCAUCUCGAUCUUUCAUCCAAUCCAUUUAAUUAUUCCCUGUUGCCUGCUUGGUUUCAGAAUGUAUCGUCCAUGGUUUCCCUCGAUCUCCGUUCAUGUGGUUUCGACGGAUUCAGUAUCCCGUCAAACCUUUUGUAUCGUUCAAACCUGAGAUAUCUUGACCUGUCAGAUAACUCGUUGGAAGGAGACCUUUCUUUCCUUCUAUACCAAUCUUCCUCAAUAGCCAACCUUUACCUCCAGGACAACAGUUUAGACGGAGUAAUUCCUCCUUUCUUUGUUAACUUUACUAAACUUAAGAACUUGGUUCUGGCGAAUAACUACUUAACAGGAGAUAUACCUUUCUUUGGAUCUGCACUUACAGUAAUAGAUCUUUCCCAAAACAAAUUGACGGGCAAUAUACCACCCUCUAUUGGUUGUCUUCCUCUACUGAGAAGCCUCAAUCUGGAAAAUAAUCGGCUCUCAGGAAAAAUACCAGAUACCGUUUCAAAGCUUGCUAGAUUAGAAAAAUUGAAACUUUCUUCCAAUAAUUUAACGGGGAGCUUUUCCCUUUCGUUGAUUGAUAAUUUAACUCAGCUUCGAGAAUUGAACCUUUCCAGCAAUAGCUUUACAAUUAACAUUUCUUCAACUUGGAUUCCAGCGUUUGCCCACCUGGAGUUCCUGGGAUUGAGUUUUUGCAAUAUUGAUGGUGGUUUUCCUGCUUUUUUGUCUACUCAAUACUCAUUUCUAGACUUGGACCUCUCACAUAACAACAUUGUAGGAAAAAUUCCUAAUUGGCUAUGGGAUCUUCCCGCUCUUGAAGUGCUGCUCCUUUCAAACAACCAGUUACAAGGUUAUUUGCCCUCAGUAAUAUCGAAAGGCUUCGCCUUCGUGGACUUGAAAAGAAACAAGCUACAAGGUUCCCUUCCAUCUUUGGAGAACUCGAUGGGUUUAUUGGAUGUGUCAGAGAACAAUUUUAGCGGUCCCAUUCCUACAAUAAUGAAAGCUGAUAGUUUAGUUUUGUCAAGCAAUAAUCUGACUGGAGAAAUUCCAAGUUCAUUCUGCACAAACACUAUUCAGAUUCAAAUUCUGGACCUGUCAAAGAACAAUUUGAGGGGCACCAUUCCUCCAAAUUUGGGGAGAUGCGAGUACAUGACAAUUUUAAAUUUGGCUCAGAAUGAUCUGCAGGGGGAGAUACCAGAGCAAAUAGGAAAUCUGAGCUCUCUUCGUACACUAAGUCUCUAUGGCAACAAUUUACAAGGUUCCAUUCCUUCAUCCAUUAUAAAUUGCUCAUUCCUAGAAGUAUUUGAUGUAGGAAGCAACUUAAUUGAAGGGAACAUUCCGGUUUGCAUUGGAGAGCUGAGAUGGCUCCGAAUCCUGAACUUGGCUUCAAAUAAACUUGAAGGCACUGUUCCUGCAUUCUUACUUGGUCUGAAGCUUUUACAGAUUUUAGAUUUAUCCCACAAUUGUUUGUCAGGACCUAUUCCUAUAAAUCUAGGAAAUCUAGAUGGUAUGAUCCAUGAAUCACAUAAUGAUGAAUCAGAGUUUGCUUCGCUUGUCCCAGUUAUUGAUACAGUUUAUGGAAAUAAAUUCAUGAUCUGGGAUCAAGUUACUCUUUGGGUUAAAGGACGGCCAAGUUCAUAUGAAAAGAUAUUCAAGGAAUUUACAUUUAUAGACCUAUCUAACAACACGCUAUCGGGCCAAAUUCCUCCAGAAGUAGGUCUUCUCAAGAAUUUAAAUGCUUUGAACCUUUCAAGAAACCAGUUGAGUGGUUCCAUUCCAGAAUCUGUGGGAGCCUUGGUUAAAUUGGAGUCCUUGGAUCUCUCAGCAAACAAAUUGUCUGGAAAGAUUCCCUCAGAACUUCUGAACCUCGCAUUCCUCGAGGUUCUGAAUGUUUCAGACAACAUGGUUUCGGGUUUGAUACCCCAAGGCAAACAAUUUUCAACUUUUGAGGCUUCUUCUUUUGCAGAAAAUCGAGAUCUACAUGGAUCUCCAUUAGAAAAUAGAACCUUUAGCCCUGGUUUUGAUGGGAAAGGUAUACCAGGCAUCCAAGAAGAAUUGGAUAACAGGGAGAAAGAGGCAGAGGAAGAAGAAGAUAAAAUGAAGAGAUGGUGGGCAGUGGGGGUGGGAUUGAGUUAUGGGAUGGGAUUUGCCACUGUAAUUGCAGUGCUGUGCUUCCGAAUAAGAUGGAGAUACGAAUAUUUCAGUUUUCUGGAUAGUCUUAUGCCACACCUCUUUGGACGGCAUUGA